AGAAGGGGCUUCUCUUCGAAGAAACAAACCCUCCUAACGUGGCAAUAACCUCGGACACUUUCCCAUCUCUGAUCACGUCACGGGGACUCCUCAACUGCUUUCCAAUUCCUCAUCCAAUCGGACCGCUCUUGCGGGUCUUAUUAUUAUUAUACAUCUUUUGCCAAGAAACCCACCUGCUUUUUGCCCUGCAAAACCUGAGAUUUGCCGUUCCUGGUCUUGUUUGCUGCUAAGGACGCAGCUUCUGGCGUUUUUUUUUUUCUUGUUUAUUCUUCCUUUGCUUCGCUUUACGGGAUUAUUUUGCGUUGUGUUUUGGGCGCGUUUGGCUUGGGGGUUUACCUGUUUAAGAGAUGGGUCGUUGGAGAAGACAACAACAAGGUGGAAUUCAUCAUCAAGAGGCUCAGGGGGCAAGAUCACAGAACAGGAAGCCACCUGUGGAUACUUGGCAGUUAUCUGUGCCUCCCUGGGAAAAGAAAUUCUGCGCAUUAAUUGGUUCAGUUCCAUGGCGAAAGCUCUUGGAAACCAAAAAGUGUAUGUAUCUCUAUGACAAUGUGGUUCAAUGGAAUGACUCUGCUGGUGAAGAGGCAUUUCACAAUGCAAAAAACCGGUUUUGGGCAGAGAUUAAUGGCCUUCCAUGUGACAUAUUGUUGCCUGAUCCUGAUACUUAUAUUGAUGAAGUUGAUUGGAACUCCACGAUAGAUCCUGAAUUGUUGUUGGACUUGGAACGGGAACCCAAGUCUCAUAGUGACGGAGAUAAAGAUGAGAACGUUGUGAUUCUUGGUGAUUCCCUCCCCUUGAACCAGUCUGUUCCUUGCACAGGAUGGGGAGAUGCUGAAGAGGACUUGAGAAAAACUACAGAUUUACCUUGGAAUCCUGGAUAUGGAUAUUGUGACCACAAUGUGGAUAGUGCUAAUUCUUGGGAACAUAAUCAUGGCCAGAGUAAUAGAGCCAUGGUAGAUAAUGGAUGGGAAAAUGAUCAGAAUGAUUCAUGGGGAUGGAAUCAGUGGAAAAGUGGUUGUAAUGAGUGGGAGAACAAAAAUAACGUGUCAAAUAACAUGGAUGCUGGGGGUGGAUAUUGGGGAAUGUGGGAUGACAAUGGUAGAAAGAAAGAAGGCUCUGACCAGUACAUGUCAAGGUAUAAAACCUCACGUUUUCAUGGCAAUGACUAUCAAAUGGCUCAUGGAUGGAGAAAUGGCAGGGGAAGGGGGGUAAAUGUUGCAUAUGAAUGACCAUUUCAAUAUUUUUUUAAAAAAGAAGAAGAAAAAAAAAAAAAACACUGCUUCAAGCCUGUGGAACCUGAACUUUUGCGGUUAUGCCAUUAUGUAUACAGCAGAGCAGGAGAUCAUUGAGUUGGGAGAAGUCAGUUUUGUGAACCCUUUUGAGUGUGUAUAAUAUGUUAUCUACUUUACAGUUUGUUAUAUUCUUUGUUAUCAGCAGAAGAUAUGGUAUGUAAGAGUGUACUACAUAUACUGAGAAAAGUCCCACAUAUGUUCGGUUUAUGCUGCGAUUUUGUGGUUUGCUUGGUAAGACUCGGGCAGAUUUUGAUCAUGGUUUGUUGCUGCUGGGGUCAGGGAGCAUUGUUAACAUGUUUAGUCUAUAAUUUGUUGCUGCUUUGCUGUGUAUAUAAGGAUCACAAUGUCAAUGUUGAGGGUUUAGAGAAUUAUAAGUUUUGAUGUAAGUUCAUUAAGAUUUUCGUCCUAGUAAUGAAUUGUUAUUCCCAUAUUAUCCUUUGCCAAA